AACUCGCAGUUCUGUUUGAAAGAGACAAUAAUGACCCUAAGCAAUGACGAUGAUGGGUGGGUUCUCGUGGAAGAUACAACGACGCAGCUCGACUUGAUUGACGACAACUAGCCAGCAGCGAUGAGAACGCGCAGCCGCGAUGGUCAAGCCAGCCAACCAACGAGACAUGCGAAUCAAUUUAGCUAAUUUCGAAUAUAUCUCAGAAUCUGUAGAUCAGUUAGAGUUCGUCGCUUGACGCGGCUGGAGAUCGUUUGUUUGUUCUAACGCCGCUGUGUUAGAAGGCCUAUUUGAGCGGGAUGAAGCGAUUACCGGGAGUUGUGGUCCUUGUGACGGUGCUGAUUUUAGGAUGUGGUGCUGUGAAACCUUCUUCAAAUGUGGAUUUUACUGACGUGGAAGAUCCUGCCGAUGAUUCUGGGUUCGUCAAUGUGUACCGAAACUACCCGAAGAUUCAGGUGACGGUUGAUACAUCCAAGUUGAAACGCGUUUCGCAAGCGGAAAGUGAAGAUAGUAGUUCGGGCAGUUCCGGAAGUUCUGGAUCAGACUCGGUUGAACGACCAACAAUCGGGGUGAAAACGGACAUUACCAUUGAAAUUUCAGAAGAAUCAGUGAAUGAAACUAACACAGUGGAUGGAAAAAAGGAUUCCGGAAAGAGACCCGGUUCGAAUGGGAAGAAAAGCGGAAAAAGUAAUGACGACGACGACGAUAAUGCAAGUGUGCCAGUGUUCAAAGGAAUGGCAGGAGUACCCACAAAGGGGAAAACGCCCAAACCAACUUCGUCGAAUGAUUUAAAUGGAAAACGACCAGGAGUUACGUUGAGUGCGAGACCAACUACGUUCGUUAACAAUAAUGAUGAUCGAAAACCUUCUGGUCCCCAUGAUGGGUGGAACCGGUAUCAACCGGUGGGGCUGUGGACCACUGAAAGGCCCUAUAUCAGGAGGAUAGAGUACGAUUAUUACGGUAAUCCCAUCUAUGUGAAGAGCUACGUGCCCUACCACCAAACGCAGCAGGGCCACCAGCAAGACUCGAGCGGCAACUGGAAACCGUGCUACUGCAGUCCCGUCUAUCCGCAACCGUGGGAUCGCGCCCCCUCGAAUCCGGUUCUCCCGACGCCGACCCAUCGGCGAAAAGUGGACGACAAGGUGGACAUCCCCUACAAGCAGCACCGAGAUUAGGGUGUUAGGGCACUUCAGAAGGAGAGAUUUUUUUUGUCUUGUACAUAUCAUCCAAAUAAACGGAUUCUUGUGAAUUUGUAAUCAAUAUUGUUUCGAUCAAACGGUGUACUAUCAUCUUCCCACUAUAGACUCAAUACCUAAAGGUCUCAUUUGACAAAAGGGUGCCCUAUUCAAGUUUUCAUAAUUUACGGCGCAUAUUUCAUAGGCGUAGUAGCAGCGGGUAAAGAUCUAGGUAAAUAUAAAUAUAAGUUGAACUAAACACAUGU